AUGUUAGUGUUUAAAAGUCCAAAUAAACCAAAUUCAAAUGUUUUGGGAGAUUCUCUGCGUUUCUCUGCAGAAAUAGUUAAUGAGAAUUAUGUUUUUAAAAUAAAAAAUAUAACCAGUUCAGACGAGGGAAUAUACUUCUGUCAAACCGGAACUAUGUAUGGGACAAAUUUCAGAAGCGGCACCUUUGUGACUCUGAGGGGUACGUAUCCCACCACAGUGUUGCAGCAGCCAGAGUCUGAGCCAGUCCACCCAGGAGACUCUGUGACUCUGCAGUGUUCAGUCGUCUCUGAAUCCUGUACAGGACAACACAGUGUGUUCUGGUUCAGAGCCGGAGAAUCCCAUCCAGGACUCCUUUACACCCAAGGAUACAGGAGUGAAGAGUGUGAGAAGAGACCUGAGACUCCCUCUCCUACACGGAGCUGUGUCUACAGCCUCUCCAAGAACAACCUCAGCUCCUCUGAUUCUGGGACUUACUACUGUGCAGUGGCCACAUGUGGAGAGAUACUGUUUGGCAAUGGAACAAGAUUGGAUGUUGAACCAGCAGUGGAUCUCAUAGUUAUCGUCCUGGUGGUGUCUUUAGCUGUGUGUGUUGUGUUGAUCAUUAUCCUCAUCUGUACCAGAAAGACACGGACAGUGUGUGAAAAUUGUAAAGAUUCUUCACAGGAAGGUGAAGACUUGAACUAUGCUGCUCUGCAGUUCUCUGAGAUGAAAGGUAAAAGAGGAAGAAGGAAGAGAGAGACCCCACAGGAGAGUGUGUACUCUGAUGUGAGGGGUUCUGACUGGGAGGAAAGUGGUCAAUAG